UCUAGGUUUUGCUUUUUCCUGCUCUUCCUCUUAUUCGUCGCUGUUCAACUUGCUCCGACGGGAGGUCGCUUACUGUGUUGGGAACCUUCUACGUUUCGCGCGCUUCUUCGGCCAAAUCUCGUAAAUCCGCUGAAGGAGAGGUUAUGGGAAAUCCGGGAUUUACCGCGGCGGAAUUUUCGGUCUACUGCGCCUUUCAUUUACCGUGAUAUUUGGUUUUGCAUUCUAGGCCGUUUGGCUGGAUUUCGCUCAAAUCGUCCUCAAAUCUGGCCUAAAUCCUGCUACCAAACAGCCCCUAACUAUUCCGAAGUUGUGCAUUUUUCCUCCCUAUCCGCUCUGCUUAUCUUCUCUAUCCCAUGGCGCCAGUUGAAUUAAUGUUAGCGGCCCCAAAACCAAGGAAAUCUAUAUCGCUCUCCGGCCAUUGGUAUGUUGAUGCUGAGGAACUUGAAAGGAAGCUAUUGGGAGUAGAGGCGAAGAAAUUGCCUUUGAUGAGGCUUGAAGAACUGAACGGCCUGGUUGCAAAGAAGAGAGAGACAGCAGAGAGUUUGUUGAAACAGUAUACAAUGGAGUAUGAGGUUAAAAAAAAGAAGAGCGGGGAUCUCAGGCUGCUGGAUACCACGGCUAGGUCGGGCACUUCGGUGGAUAGGAUAUCGGCUUUUACUUGCUUGGUGGAGGACAAUCCCCUGGCGAAUAUGAGAGCCCUCGACGCUCUUUUGUCAAUGGUAACAUCAAAGGUAGGGAAACGCUAUGCAUUUAGUGGCUAUGAAGCAUUAAAAGAGUUGUUCCUGUUAAGGUUAUUGCCGAACCGUAAGUUGAAGUGUCUCAUACAACGACCCUUGCAGAAUCUACCGGAAAAUAAAGAUGGUUACUCUCUUCUACUUUUUUGGUAUUGGGAGGAGUGCUUGAAGCAAAGAUUUGAGCGAUUUGUCAUUUCUCUUGAGGAGGCAGUGAAGGAUGUGCUACCUAGUCUUAAAGACAAAGCAAUGAAGACAGUUUAUGCCCUCUUGAAAAGCAAGCCUGAACAGGAGCGAAGAUUGCUUUCUUCUCUCGUAAAUAAACUGGGAGAUCCGGAGAGGAAGGCUGCAUCAAAUGCUGGGUAUCAAUUAUCAUGUCUCCUUUCCGAGCAUCCUAAUAUGAAGGCAAUAGUUAUUAAUGAGGUGGAUUCAUUUUUGUUUAGACCACAUAUUGGUCUCCGUGCAAAGUACUAUGCUGUGAACUUCUUGAGUCAACUUCUUCUCAGUCAAAGAGGAGAUGGUCCUAAAAUAGCAAAACGCUUGGUGGAGGUAUACUUUGCACUUUUCAAGGUGCUUAUUUUUGAAUCUAGCAAUGGAAACAUGCACCACAACCAGAAAAGUCAUGAAGAAACUGGAAAAUUCGGAAGUAAAGGUAGUAAUUGCAAGGGAAGGACAAUCAGUUCGCUUAAAAGUCAUAAAAAGAAGGUUUCUCCAGAGACCCAUGUUGAGAUGGAUUCACGAAUUUUAUCUGCAUUACUAACUGGAGUGAAUAGGGCAUUUCCUUUUGUUUCAAGUGAGGAAGCUGAUGAUAUUUUAGAGGUUCAAAUGCCAAUUCUUUUUAAACUGGCUCACUCAGAGAACUUUAAUGUAGGAGUUCAGGCAUUGAUGCUACUGUAUCAGAUUACUAUGAAAAAUCAGAUCGCAAGUGAUCGUUUUUAUCGUGCUUUGUACGCUAAGCUUCUCACUCCUGCUGCUAUAAGCUCCUCUAAGCCAGAGAUGUUUCUUGGACUGCUAGUCAAAGCAAUGAAGAAUGAUAUAAAUUUGAGAAGAGUAUCAGCCUUCUCAAAGCGCCUCAUCCAGGUUGCACUUCAACGGCCACCUCAAUAUGCCUGUGGAUGCCUUUUCAUGUUAUCUGAGGUUCUUAAAGCAAAGCCACCUUUAUGGAGAGUGAUACUUCAGAGGGAAUCCAUUGAUGAUGAACUUGAACAUUUUGAAGACAUUCUUGAGGAGGACCAAAACAUGCCUCCUGUAGAGAACACAAAACUAAACAGUUCUGUUACACAAAGUGGAAAAAUGUACGAUUUUGUGGAUGGCAAAGAGGAUUCCAAUUCUGACAUGGAAAACAAUCUGAACAAUGGCUCCAGAGCAAAAAGUGCUAGUGAUAUUGCUGAAGAGGGAGCUCAAUCUCAUCACAAAGAAUCAUCAUUGCCUGGCGGUUAUGAUCCACGACACAGAGAACCUGUUUAUUGCAAUGCAGACCGAACCGGUUUGUGGGAGUUGACAAUCUUGGCUUCUCAUGUACACCCAUCCGUGGCAGCUAUGGCCAGAACGCUACUUUCCGGUGUGAACAUAGUCUACAAUGGCGAUCCUUUAAAUGAUUUGUCUCUAGGUGCUUUUCUUGAUAAGUUCAUGGAAAAAAAACCAAGGCCUAAUAAAAAAGCAGAGGGUAUAUGGCAUGGUGGAUCCCAAAUCGCACCAACUAAAAAGCUUGACACGAGUCAUCAUCUGAUUGGUGAUGAGAUUCUACAGCUAGCAGAGGAAGAAGUACCACCCGAAGAUGUUGUCUUCCACCGCUUCUACAUGAACAGGACAAGUUCAUCCAAAAAACUCAAGGCAAAGAAGAAGGCCAUGGCUGAUGAUGAGGACACAGAUCUACUGUUUGAUGAAAAUGAGGAGGAAGAGGAGGAUGAGAUUGAUAACAUGCUUGGUGCAGGGCCUCUUCAUUUGGAAGAGGACGAAGAGGGAGAAUUUGAAUAUGAAGAUCUUGGCCGUGUUAUCGAAGAGGAUGAUGAGGACUUACUUGGACAUGGCAGUGACGCUGAAGAUGAACAUAUAUCUUUCGCUGCUGCAAGUGACGAGGAAGAGGAAGAGGAAGAGGAAGAGGAGGAAGAUGAUGAUAUUGAAAUUUGGGGAGCUGAUACUGAUGAAGAUAAUGCCGAUGACGGCGAUAAUGGAAAUGAAAAUCUCUCUUAUAUUGGGAGGAAGAAGAGAAAGGCUGAAAAGAAGAGCAGACCAUCUCCAUUUGCUAGCCUUGAAGAUUUUGAGCAUUUAAUGGCUGAGGAUAGAAGCAAGAAAAUGGAUGAAGAUAGUGGAAAGAAGUAUAAAUCCAAAUCAGAGAAGAAGAGAAAACGAAAAAUCUCUGAUUGAUCCGUAAAAUCUUUUUCUUUGCAGUUCUAUGGGCCGCCUACAUUGGCAAAUUUUGUAAUUUUAUGAAAUGUUUUAUUAAAGAAAUUUUUGCAGCAUUAUUGAAUAUGCUGCAUUUAUCCCUUUAGUUGGUUUUAUGGAUGGAAAGUUGCAUU